AUGAAUGUCACCCACAAGUUCAAGACUGAUGUAUGUAACACGCAAAUAUGGCUGGCCGCUUACGCAUGGUCGAAGAGGGAAUGUGAUAGACAUUUGCAGGUGCUCCGACAGAUGGAUCCUCCCAUCGCUGCUUAUGUUGACAAUAUAGGAUUAGAAAAAUGGGCUCGUCCUUAUUGUCUAGGAGACAGGUACAACAUCAUGACAAACAACGAUGCAGAAAGCCUUAACAACGUGACUGAAGAAUUCCGGGCAUAUCCAAUAACUACUCUAGUUGAGUUCAUAAGGUUCACACUACAAAAUUGGUUUGCUAACCGUCUCGAGAAGGCAAGUAAGUGUGUUACCCCUUUGGCAACUCAUUUUGAGGAAGAUUUGAUAAAGCAACACGAGGAUGGUAGACGUAGAAGUGUCCUACGUAACGCGCUUACUCAGAAUGUCAGUGUCUACGCUCUGUCAUCCCCCUAUUACACAAAGGACACGUGGAAAAAUACUUACGAUGCAACAAUUAAUCUUGUGGGCGAGGAGGAUGAAUGGGUGCUUCCUGAACACAUGCAAAACAUGAGAAUCGGUGUACCAGUGGAGAAAAAACCUGUAGGUCGUCCAAGAAAGAGCAAUGCAGGAAGUCUACGGACUAACCGAUUUCCAUCGAACGGUCAAAAAGUCAAGGAACCACGCAAAUGUUCAAACUGUGGCGCAUUGGGACGCAACAAAGCUACUUGCAAGGCCAGGGUUUGA